AGGUGAAAUAAAACAAAGCCAUAUCUUUUCUGGUUAAAACUCAUAGAAUGGCACAGCCUUUUAAAGGAGGAGGAGCUGCUGCCCUCCUCCUUUCCCCUCCUCUUCCUCCUCCUCUCCGGGCUGAUGUGUCUGUCAGUACCUGCGGACUGAAGCUACCUGUGGAUCCUCUUCUCAGCAGCAUCAUGGGGAUCUCCGCGUCCAGUCUGCUGGAUGACACCAAAUCCACCUAUAUUAAAGGCCAGGCUGAGGCUGAGCUGAAAGAGUUCAGUCCAUACUACAGGAAGCAGUUCUCCGUUGCUUGGUUCUCUCAAGUAGAAGAUGACCUGGAACAGCACAAACAGAAGAUCACACACCUGCUCAAACAAAGGGCGGCUUCGGAGGAGGGCGAGGUGCUGUAUGAAGAGGCUGUUCUUUACUUUGACGACACCAGGAAGUGGAGAGACAGGUAUGUGGUGGUGAGAGCCAGCUACUGCCUGGAGUGUCAUGACAGCUUGGAGACUUUUGUUAAAGGGGUUCCUCCACGUCACAAACUGCUACCUACAGGAGGCAUUGUUCUGACCACAGAGGAACUGUACAUGGCCACGGUGGACAAAUGCUUUCCUGAUGAUAGUAGCAUGAAGGAAGAAUUUGCUCCUCCUCUGUCAGGGAUGCCUGGACAGUUUCCAGUCUACCUCCGUCUGCCCUACAGGAGAGACUCCUACUUCUGUUUCAGACAACAGGCCAAACAGGCGGCCUUCCUCUCAAUCCUGUCUGACUGCAUCAGACACCAGAACCAAGACUUCCUGAAGAAAAAGACAUGUGAAGUUCAGGCCUUCCUCAAAGCCAUUCAGCUCUACAGACAGGACAAAGGAAAAUAUGAAGCCUGGGACAUGUUAAUAGGAAGCGAUGUCAGGGAGCCAUUGGAAAGUCAAGACUGCCAUGAUAUAUGUGAUCUACGUACACUGUGUCCAAAUGUGAUGGCCAAUGUGGUGAUGGAACAGCUGCUGCCCUCUCUGGAGAAAGACAUGCUGCCUCGCCUUAAGGGCAAGAAGACAGAGAAAAAGAGAGUUUGGUUUGCAACGGUGGAAGCAGCGUACAUUCUGGUUCAGGAGCAUCUGUUGGAGGGACUGUCAGCACUGAAGGAGGAAUGUCGGACAGCAGUUCGGCAGCAAGAGGUGCUGAUCCACUCUGACAUGGACCAGAUCCUCAAUUCCAGACAGCAGCUUGAGGCAAAAAUCCAAGCCAAAGUAUUAGAGCCGGCAGAGAAACUGUGCUCUGAAUCUGUCCAGCCGCAUCUGGGCUCUGUCCUGGAGGAACUGAUGAAACCGAUCAGCUCUGGUUUCCACGAGGGACGACAACUGAGUGAGAAAAUGAUGGACCAGGUGUGUCAGGACGUUCUGCUGGGAGGACAGAAUGAGCAACUAAAAAAAGCUCUGGCCAACAUGGCAAGACCAAAUCUGCUAAGCUGCUACCAGGAGAUUGGCUCCCUGCAGGUUAAAUUACAGCACCUGCGGGAGAGAUUUGGCUUCUCUAGCAUCACAGGAGUGAUCCACAGUGCUCAGAUUGACCUGCAGCAGCUAACUGAGAAUGCAGCUUAUACAUUUGAGCAGCUACUCUACAAGGCAAUUGAGGAUAACCCAGACAAUGCUGGCUCUGCCAUUGAAAAGGCCAAACACAGAGUGCUCAAGCAAUAUGACUAUGACAGCAGUACAGUAAGGAAGAGGAUCUUUCAAGAGGCUCUGGUUUCCACCACUCUGCCCUUCAUCAAGAAGAACCUGGCUCCUACCUGCAAAACUGGGCUUCAGGGUCUUGAACACACCAUCUAUGCUGACCACUCCAGCUUCAUCCAUGUUGAGAACAUUUAUGAAAGCAUCCUUCUGUGUAUCCUGGACAAGGAGGUCACCAAAGUGGUGAAGGAGGCGGCGACCCUGAAGAAGUACAACCUGUUUACAGACAGCAGAGACUUGGUCAGUCAGUCCAGUCAUUCCAGCCUCUUCUCCCCUUCACUGUCCACUCCUGGAAGCCCCUCCAUGGUACUGGCCUCCCCAGCUAAAACUUCCUGCGAGCCCCAGCCUCCAUCUCCUCUUGUGGUCAAUGGUCUAUCCUCCAGUCCUCUAAAAGAAGAACUACAGGAAAAAGAAAAUGAUGUUCUGCAGAGCAAAGACUCAAUGGAUAUGACAGGAUUCGAGACACCUCUGGGUAAAGCUGAACAAAAUGAUGCCACUGCCGCUGUUGCUGGCAGUCAAGAGGCUGAGUUACCAGCUCCCAAAAUUGAGGGUGACACUGUGAGGGCUGCAGCAGGCAGCAGUGAAACACUUGAAGCCCCAGCUACAGUAAAAACAGCAGCAACUCCAGAGAUUGUGAUCCAGGAGCAUGCGAUUUCUGCCCAAACAGAAGAAGCUGAGAUAGGCACUGUGCUGGAAAUGCAGAGCACACAUAUUUUACAAGAAGCAGAAAGUAUGAAAACAGAUGCAGCAGCAGCAACACAAACAGAAACUUCUGAUCCAAGAAAUGAACCUGUAAGCCUUUCAGCAGAGGGACCUCAACCUCAUCCUGUAUCCAGUACUGAAGAAAUGACACAGUGUGAGAGCUCCGAAGUCAACUUAGAGGCUCCCUCCAGUGAUAAAGUGCCUGAAUGUGCCAGUCUCCAGUCAGUCAGAGAGGAGGAAGAACCAGCUACUGUCUCAGACCCCAAUUGUCUUAAUGUUUCAGCAGGAAGCGAGUCACCUCCCUCAGAUCUGGAGUCCACAGAUGAAGUCUCAACAACCUCUGACGUCUUGGAGGAUGAGGCUAAUGUUAGAAAAUCACCCAUGAGCUCAGAUGAUGCUGCUGAAGAAAAAAACAUGACUGAUGAACCACCACCUCUGGCCCAGAUGAAGACUGUGAGCAACAAUGUUGACGUUGGAAAGGACAUCAGACCAGAAGCCAGCUUAACUGUGGAGACUUCGGUGGCAGACACUCCAACCUCUACUGAACCCACCAAAGAGGAAACACCCUCAAGUCCUGAAGUCCGGCCAAAGGACUGCAUCAAGGAGAUCCGUGACUUGGUGGUGGAAGUGAUCGAGGUGGAGGAGCUGGUGCAGCAUUACCCCAGUGGAGAUGCAAAGGAAGAAUAAACCUUCAUGUAACGGCAGCAUUCGAAGACAUGUGGGUCAACUGUUCUGUGGAUUAUUACCAGAAUACAACAGUAGCUUCCACUUCAGAUGCCCUUCUACACUGUCUUAACUUAAGCAGAGCAGAAACAGAAAAACACUCCUGAUAUACUGAAGGCUUCGUGAACUUUGUUAAACAAAUAUGGAAGAAAUUAUGAUAAAUUAUUUAUACAAGUCAAUAUCAUUUACACAAAUAACACAUAAUGAGAUAUUCAGAUGUAUAAAAUCCUGUUUGAUCGUUUCAGCACUCUGACAACAUUACAAUUAUUUUAGCACCGAUUUUUUUUUUUUAGAGAAUCUAGAUUUAGAUUUAUAAAUAAUGAAGAAAUGACUGGUAAUUGCAUUAUACUAUGUUGUGGUUAAGUAUGAAUCUAUUUUAAAGGAGGAAAUUAUGAGAUGAUUAUUUGCUUUCUCUCUGAGAGGUCGAUGUUCCUUUGGAUGUCAGUGUCAUGUCUGUAAGUUGGAACAGAGAAUUAGUCUAGUCAGUCAGACCUUUUAUGUAUACCUGCUUUACAACAACCCACCAUGCAAGUAUCAUGUUGCAUAUUUAAAUGAAAAUAGAAAAUUUGUCUGAGCACAGUGGUGCAACUUAUUUCAGUCUAAACUCAGAACUUUCAGUCCAGUGAUGUCCAACAGAUUUGUUGCUACUAAGUAAGUAUCUAAAUCAUUCUGGCAGUUGUUUCUCAUUUUUAGCCUUCAGCGACUGUCGUCUUCAACAGUAAAGAUAACAAACACUGCUCAUAACCUCUUCGGAAUUCUGAAGUAAUUUAAUGGCUGGCCAAAUGUUCCUGCUGUCUGGUUAAAGUGCAUUCUGCAGCCAGUUUUGGCACCUGGCCAAAGACUGAUUGUGAGGGAAGAUGGGAAGAUGCUUCACUUUGUAACAUCACUGCAUGACCUUGAGUUGACUGAGAAUUUGUCCAAAAACUUCCAAAAAGUAGUGAAACCAACAACUGAUUUUAAAAGCCACAUUCUCCAGCCAAAUUUUCAUUCAUGCCAUUGCAUUAAUUCAAGCUGGUUAACUGACAAGUUUAUAAUUUUCUUUUCAAAACUAUGAUUUAGUUGAACACAAAUCUUAUUUCACUGUAUCAAACAAAUACUGAACUAACAGUCACUCAAGUACAGGAUUAGGAAAAUAAAUUUGACUGGGAUAUCCCUAGUUUAAACAAUUUCUUCUUUUACAUACAAACAAAUGGAAGUAGAGGUGUUACGAUCAAGAAAUAGUUCUAGCAUAUAGCUCCUUCUCAAGCCAUACAAUGUUGUUUUUAAAAGUUUUUAUUUGUAUAAAGAUUAAACAAAUGGCACAGAAUGUUAAUUAGUGAGCUUUAGAGGUACUGGUAAAAGUAUUUAUUAAGUUAAGACUGAAGCAGGCCAACAGUGUCUUCCCAUGUCCAGUCUUUAUGCUAAGCUAUCAUUGUCCAUUUUCCAGCUCAUUGUGACACAAACAUUACCUCUCACUCUCAGAAACAAAGCAAAUAACAAUUUUACACUAAAUGACAAGAUAAUUUGUUACUGAACUAGAACUUUUAAUCAAUUUUGAAAUCAUCAGGGUUUGUGAUUGUUUAGAAAUCACUAUAAUGUACAUUUAAUAUACCAGGUCCAUGAACUGGAUCAGUGUCAGAUUCAUUAGUAAAGCUGUACUUCAGGCACGUUAGUUCUCCAUAAUCUGAGAAUGAACCAGCUGAAGGAUUUUUAGCUAAAAAAAUAAAUAAAAAAAAUUAAGAGGCAGCUCAACGAAGUGCCCUUGCAGUACUUCCAUGUUACUUCCACGUGCCUUACAGCCCAGCUUUCAAUGUGUAGCUGCUGUAGAGUCUUGUCUGUGAAUACCCAAUCAACUCCACCAUGUGCCUGUUACUUGUGUAGAGUCUUUUGCAGACGUGAUUAGUAGGACAGAGUAUUGGGAUGGUGGUGGUGGUGGUGAGAGACAUUUGACCCCAAACUGUCCACCAGGUUAAUGUUGCUUAAUGGGAAGAGUGUGGAAAUACUACCAAUAAAAAUAACUCUGAACAAACAUGCCCUCAAAUAGUUUUUGUGUGAACCUUUCAUCUUCUAGUUUCAAUGUUUGGAAAACAACACAAAUAAUAAAUGCUUUUAUUUACCAAUAAAGAAAAUGCUGUAUUAUG